UUAUUUACCCGCGUGUGUGUGAUCACGGUCGGAUCCGAUCUGAUUGCUGCGUCGGUGUAUCGGCUGAGCGGUUAUCGUGCCCGGUUCCUCCGCCAUGGCUCUGCGCGGCAGUGUCGGGGCCUCGGCGUUACCCAGCGAGCUGAUCGUUCACAUCUUCUCGUUCCUGUCGGACCGGGACCGGCUGCGGGCCUCCUCGGUGUGCUCCCGCUGGAGGGAGUGCGUCUUCUACCCGGCGCUCUGGAGCCGCUUCACGCUGCGUGUCGGAACCGGGAUCGCGGGCGCGACUGGACCGGGAUCCGCGCCGGAGGAUGACGCGCCGCGGCUGGAGUUCCUCAUGCGCCGGUUCGGCUGGUUCGUGCGGGAGUUGAAGCUGGAAUUGUGCCCGCCCGAGGGAACCGGGACCGAGCCGCCGAGCGAGGAGGGCUGCAGAACCGCGACCCUUACCUACCUGCACCAGGUGCAGAGUGUGUUCAACCAGCUCCGGAACAACAGGAACAUGCAGAAGCUCAGUCUGUACGGAGACACGUUCAUGCUGCUGGACGACGUCCUGCAGGACCUCAGCCAGGUCGACCAGGGAGGCAAGAAAAUGAAAGAGAUCCAGCAGCUGUUCGAGGACUUCCUGUCCAACAGCAGGCAGCUGAAGUGCCUGUGGUGUUCGUUCAUGCCGGGCGUGGCGACCCCUCGCUCCCUGGCCUCCCUGUCCAACCCCAGCGCCGAGACCCUGGAGCACCUGAGCCUGGUGGACCAUCAGACGCCCGGCCUGCUCCCGCCGCCCGAACUGCAGCGCCUCUCCAACCUGCGCUCGCUCGCCCUGGACUUCGGCGACUUCUCCGCCCCCAUGUGCCAGCUGCUCACCGACCCGAACCGGGCGCCGCUGCUCCGCCUGUCCCUCCUGCUGAACGGCGCCAGCCCGGAGACCCGGGCCCCGGACGCCGGCCCGUCGGACUCGCAGCUCAGGGCCCUGGCGGGGGCCAACCCCGACCUGCGUGUGUUCCUGAUGGCGCUGGACGUGAGCGACGAGGUCCUGGAGGGGGCGCUGAAGCCCGGCCUGCCGCUGGAGAGGAUCCACGUGGACGGUUAUAACUCGUCGCCGAGCGACGCCGCGCUGGAGCGCAUCUCGCUGCAGUACCCCAAGACCCUCACGCACUUCGUCCUGGCCAGAGACGACGGCCGCUUCCCGGACCUGAGCGGGAACAGGAACGAGGACCCGCUGGUGCUGCUGGCGUGGCGCUGCGUGCAUCUCGCCGUGCUCGUCAUCCACGGUUACACGGUCUGGUCUCACAACCUGGUGGCCAUCUCGCGCCUGCGCGGCUCCACCCUGCGCGUCCUGGACGUCCCGGAGGAGUGCGUCCACAUAGACCCGGACCAGGCCCUGUUCUCCAAAGGAGACCCCAUGCAGACGCUGGUCAAGGAGGUGUCGCUGGGGCUCGGCCGGGCGUGGCACCCCUCCGUCACCGCCGAGGACGGCGCCGUCGUCGACGACCCCACGCUGCACUUCCACCGCGAGAUGCAGAGCUUCAGCCAGAGCGGCUAGAUCCUCCGGCCACGCCCCGCCGCACCACGCCCUUUUAUUCCUCCUCGGUCUCCUAGUCUGAAUUUGUGCCGUGUGAUGCUGGUCACAUGUCCGGCGGGAGGUCGAACCCACCCUCCGCACCCCCGUCUACACCCCCGUCCCCCUCUCAUCGACACGGUUCAGACCCGCGACUCUCGUCCUCCACCUUUUUACUUUUAUCCUCGUGUAUCCUGUAGGAUGGUUGUCUGUCUUCUACAGUUACAGCCCUCAAUCUG